AAUUCAUUCAGUUUACCUUCACAUGGUGCAAAUGAUAAAUAAAUUAUCGUAGUAUAAUGUUGGAUGAAUCUACUGGUUAACAAAUUUAUCAUUAAAUCAGAAAUCUAAGCAUGAAAACGAAUGAAUUCAGAAUUUAUUGGCAGAAAAAUUGUAAAGUGAACCCAAUAGUCCCGAAAUCGUAAUACAAUCAUGAUAAAAACUCUUUAAUAGACUACUGCUUGAUUAGUUAAAAUGACAUUUUUCUGUUGAAUCAUCACAAAACAUCAUGAAACAUUAAAUGUGACAAAGGUUUAAACGAUGAAUGUUAUUUAACCUUAAUAAUUUAGGUAAUGAUCUAAUUUUACUUGUGUGCAAAAUUCAGCAUUUGACUGAAAAAUUGAAGGUUUGCUGGGACAGAAGGAGGUUGAUGAAAGGAAAAUACAAAUAUGGUCUGAAAAUCCCCUUCAAUAUCUCACCAGCAUUUAAGUAUUGCAAUUACAUCAGUAAUUAUAAAUAUAAUUGUGAUCAGAAUCAACUAAAGUGCAAAACAAAACUACCGCCAGAUGCUGUUCAUCCAAUGAAAUCGAGGAUCAAUUAUGAAAGAAUCGAAUCCAAGGAGAUAACUCCUUUGUAAAAAUAGUCUUUACCCUCUUUGAUCUUGGGUAACUCUAGUAGAGCUACUCUACCCUUCAAAUGAAUACAGUUAUGUAGUUUGAAUCCUGCUGAUGAUUUUUGCUUCCUUGUACCCUUCAGACCAACGUUAUUUCUUUUAAACUUUUCUGUGUGCUUGGCGUUCAUCUCUUUUCCGAUCAAGAAUGUUCGCUUUUACCACCAAUACUCAGCGAACUGGAAGUUCUAGUCUAGAUAAUAUACUAAGUAAUUCACAGCAAUUUGAAGUUAUGUACGUUGGAAAAAUAAAGGUUUAUACAAAAAGAGCUCCUCCAAGUUUCAUAGAUGAUGCUGUUGAAAGCUUCCGCACUAUUAACCCAGCUAAAGUAAAAUUUAGCAAUAUUGAUGACAAUAGAUCUAAUAACCAACAGCAGUCUGAUCGCAGUGAAAGUGAAAAUUCACUGACCCCAACACCUCUCAAUGAUGGACCUGAUGCAUCUUCAUUAUCGUUAUCUUCAUCUCCGACAACAACAGCCUCGAUAGCCAAUGAAUUGGGCAUGCAAAGACCUCGAAGUAUUUCUUCUUUGACAACUUGUAAAGAAUAUAAGGAAACAUUUGACGAAGAAAGUCCUAGAGAAGAAAUAAACAUUUCUUUAAAAAAUGCUACAAGUAGCUUACCGAGCCACCCGGUAACGAUAACAUGUACUCAUAGUGAUGAAAAGGAUUCAGUUUUUAGUGAUGAAGGCCGUGAGUCAAUGGAUGAUAGUUUUAAUAAUUCGAGGCCAGAAUCAAGUGCCAGUACUGCUUCUGGAAUCGGAGGAAUAUUUGGAACCAGUGGUACCAGUCUUCAUCUCCCAUCAACCUCUUUAAUUACUAAUACUCAAUCUUUGGAUGAACAAGGAAGAGCGUCGAUACUACGUGAUCUUGAGGUUUGUUCAAAACAAACUCAGGAAUCAUUGUCACCAAUACAAUCUCCAAAUAAUCCUGAUGUAAUGUUUAAACCUGACGCAUCAUUGCCUGUUAAAAAUGAAUUGAAGGUAUCACCAACCGCCAUUAAUGAGAAAGAGACUUCGACGAUAACAAGAGUACCUUCACCUUCCUCAUUUUUAUUAGAUGCAUCACUCACUCAUCCUCUCGCUCCAGCUCCAGAUAGUGUUUCAAGUACUUCGUUAACUCCAAGUGUUAACAGUGCAGUUCGUAAAUUAUCAACGGAAAAACAAGUUUCCCUGCCUUGCAGAACUAGAACCAGUGGAGGUGCCAGCGAUCUACGGCGAAAUCGUCAAUCAUCCAAAUUCCAGAAUCGCACGAUGCUUUUUCUCAUUGGAAGGCUUGCAAUUUGCUUGAUAAGUCCUGAUUUACAGCAAAUAUUAUUCAAUAAAACAUUUAACUAUGUAUCUCAUUGCUCCCAGGGAGUUAAAUAUAUGGAUCACUUCGGCUUUAUUUGUCGAGAACCUUCUUAUUAUCCAAGUGAAAGCUACGUAGGAUACGUUUUCCGUUGUCAGACAGAUAAACUGGUCAACGAGAUUAUGCAUACUCUGAAACAAGCUUUCCACAAUGCUCAUCAUGCAUGUCAAGUCAAUAAAAAUAAGUCCAUCAUUAUUUGUGAAGCAUGUCCAAUGCAAUGGUUCCAUCGACUUUGCAUGGAUGUUGAAAAUUUGUCAGCCAAAAAGGCUCAAACAGUUAUUCUGGAGCGUCUUGAUUCUCUCCCAGAUGCCGAUAAAAAUGAAAUCAUGUCGAAGUACGAAGGAAGUCAGGUAUCAUCUAUUGAUGAGCAGAAUAGAAUUAUCAUGGGCCUUCUUCGCAGGAUGUCCGAACGUAAACAGCAAAACCAUAAUCAUAAUGGUAAAGAUGAAAAACGUAAUUCCAUUUCAACUUUAGACAAUUUGAAGCAAAAGGCACGCAAAUCGUUAUCAAGUUCCCUUGAAACCAUUUUAAAGCGAACCGGAUCACCUUCAAUUGCACAAUAUUACAGUCCCUCAAAGGGUAAAAGUGAACACACGGAAACCCGAGCUCGAGCCUCAACCAUAUCCGGAAGCAUUUCAAUUCCCGAACAUUCUAAUGUACGAAAUGAACAGAUUACACUUGAUUAUGAGGAGAUUACACCAUGUCUUAAGGAGACGUCGAAAAUGUGGGAUGAAAUACUGAAACAAGAUUUUAAUGAUUCUACACUUGAAUUCCAGUUAAAGGAAGGAAUCAAGAAAGGGGUUCCUCGAUCAAAGCGAGGUGAAAUCUGGCAAUUCAUUGCUCGUUACAAUAAACACACUAACCGGAUACCAAAUGCAUGUAAAGAUGUUGGUUCUGUUGACCCAGAUAAACCUUAUAGGGAGUUACUUCAACAAUUGACUGCUCAGCAACACGCAAUACUUGUUGAUUUGGGUCGAACCUUUCCUAAACAUCCUUACUUUGCUCAACCUUUGGGUGCUGGACAGUUGUCGCUAUUCAAUUUGCUUAAAGCAUAUUCACUUUUUGAUACUGAAGUUGGUUACUGUCAAGGAUUGAGUUUUGUUGCCGCAAUCCUUUUGUUACAUAUGAGUGAAGACGAUUCAUUUGAAAUGAUGAAAUAUCUUCUCUUCUACCUUGGCUUAAGACGACAAUAUAAACCUGAUAUGUCUGCACUUCAAAUGCAGUUAUACCAGUUAACCCGACUUCUCUAUGAUUUUCACCACGACAUUUAUGAACACUUUGAUGCUCAUGAUAUACCACCGACUCUGUACGCAGCUCCAUGGUUCUUAACCCUUUUCGCCUCUCAAUUUCCAAUCGGUUUUGUGGCUCGUCUAUUUGAUAUACUUUUCCUUUAUGGAAUCGAAGCAAUAUUUCGAUUAUCAACUGUCCUUUUGAACACCUAUAGAGAGGCGAUACUUUCAUGCCAAUCCUUUGAAACAAUCAUGGAAUUGUUAAAGAAUAAUAUUCCUGCAAUGAAUCCCAUUCAAAUGGAGCGUGUUUUCAAUCAAGUAUUAACCCGUGAUAUAAGUAAACAAUUGAUUAUUUAUGAAACGGAAUACAAUUUACUUCAAGAAGAUUCAACAGUUUCCUCAUUAUCUUCAACCGGUUCAAUUACCUCAACUGAACUCUAUGGUUCUACAGGUAAUUUAUUGUCUCAAAUACCUAGACUCAGUCCAAACAAAGGUCCAUCAACUGUUCCCCUGGUUAUACCGGCAUCCCUGGCCGCUCCAACACCAAGUGAACCAAUUGCUUCCAUAACCGUUGAAAGUCCACUUGUUGUUACUUCAACUUCACCUGAAGUUGUUUCAACUAAAUCUUGUUAUGUUGAUAGUUCAACGGAAACUGUCAACUUGCCUGAUUCCAGUGAAUCAACUGGACUCACUGCCAGUCGUCUAAUUGAACUUGAGAGUGAAAAUAAGCUGCUUAAAGGUCAAAAUAUGGAGCUUCUUGAUCAACUUCAUGUGGCUCAGUCAAAUGUUUACUCCCUUGAAUCAUCCAUUGAAACACUUAAAUCGACCAUUAAACGACUUGAAUCUCGAGUAAGGUCAGUUGAAGAGGAACGUGAUGCGCUCUUUGAUUCACUCAAUAUGCUGAGACAGCGAACGAUCUCAACCAAUCAAGGUUCAUCAGUAAACCCUUCAUCAUCAGGUGGAACAACAACACCAAUAUCAUCACCUUUACCUGAACCAGUUAACGAAUAAAAUGGUCCAAAAGAAGGCGAAAAAAGAAGAAAAAGAAAAAGCAACAAUUUCUUCCAAAUCAUUCAGAAUCAUUCAGAAUGAAAAUAUAAAAGAAAAAAAAAUCUAGUCAAAACUUUGGUUUCUUUUUUGUCCAAAUUUUCAGUUUCCUCUUAAAUUUACCAAAUUAAAGUCAACCUCAGUUUACAAAUGUUUAAUGUAAAAAUUACACUUUGCUAUUCAAGCAAAUACAAACAAUUUAUUUGUAACUUGUUAGUUGGUAACCAUUGAGAAUCUAUUAAAUUAACAAUAGACUUAUUUAUCAAA